AUGGUCUCUGGCGGCGGAAGAUCUCGCCCAGCUCAGGAGCUCAGGAGCGAGCACAGCGCCGUCACGGACUCUUGCGCAGGAUGGAUGCUUGUGCCGUCAAAGGACCACCGGUCCUGCACAUGCGCCGUCUUUGGCAACGCAAAGGACCAAAUCUGCGGAUAUUGCCUUUGUAAUUUCAUUGCCGUGCCAGGUCUCGACUCUUGGCCCUCGGGCAUGUGUGAGACCCACGCUUGGGCCGGGCUUGCUCCGCGGGGACAAGGCGAACAUGGGGUUUCCUCCGUGCUCAUUGCAGACAUGGUGCAUGAGUUCGCGGCUGCCAAGCAUUUCAGGAGCAUCCCAGCUAGUGACGUCGCAAGGCAAGAGAUUCUGGCAUCACAUCUCAUGCAUUCCCUGCCCUGCACAUCAAUCUGGCCCAAGCUCUCUUGUCAUGGCCAACGCCCCAGCUCUGCCUCGUCCUUUGUUCGGGAGACAGAUGAAAAGUUUCCGCUCACGAUUGCGCUAGGACUCAAGUUCCUCGUCAAUGUAGGCGGCAAGCUCAACGACAGCAUCCUUGCUUCGCAGCUGGACUCUCUAAUCCGAAAGAACGGGCUUCCCCAGAAGCUGGAGCAGAGUCAACCGACCACCAAGCAUCGCGCCCACCUUUCAGAAACUCUGCAUGAUUAA